AUGCCUCAAUCACUUGCAACCCUUGAUACGCCCGACGAGGCUACUGAUCUUAACGAAACGGAAACUUGCGAUAAACUUGGUUGUGUGGCUUCUCUUGCCACGUCUUUUACACUACCCGCACAAGAGGUCAAAGACUUCACCAGUGAUCAGACAAAAUGGGAAAUCACUAUUCCCCCAGCUAGCUCAUUGCAUACGCUCAAAACUUGCUGGGUUCGCAUCACUUUUAUCAGAUUUUGCACAUUUGUCAUUCCAGAAACUACAGAAGUUGGAAUGGAGCCUUUAGACGAAAUUCUGGGAGUGGCACUCGUAUCAGCCAAAAGUAUACCAAAAGAAGUAGAAGAGAAGGAUGUUCAAAUACUUUUCAACCCAAAUGAACUGAUGCCAAGUCAAACGAUGCCUCUGAUGGAAAUUAUUAUUCCACCGGCUACUCCGUCACACACUCUUAAAACUUGCUGGUUGAGAAAUCAGGUGCAGGAACGAUUCGAUCGCCUGAAACAAACUCUAGAUAUUCGUGAGAAAAUUCUUUUGCGACAAAUUGACGUUCUAGUUGGUCAUCAAGCACAUAUGAUGAUUGAAAAUAUAGAAUUUAUUGCAGACAAUGAGUUCGAUAUGCUGAAACGGAUAACGUCUUUCGGGAAGUUUAGCAUAAAACAUUUCCAAAUAAAGGACGAUUGCAUGGGAGUGGAGGAAUACAUUGACAAGGACCAGGACCACCACGAAGAAUGCAAAUCAAUUGAACAUCAUCCUGGCAGUCAUCGUCAUUGUGUCACUGUGACAGAGCCAGCUAAACUGCCAAAAAUGUGCCAUAUCGGAGACUUUCCUGGACCUCCACCACCUCCGUCGCGUCAUAAUCAUGUCUCUUCCACGCAUCCUCAACAUCAUGGCGGAGCUGCUUCCGAAAAGAAUAUCCACAUUACCAUCAACGACGACUUGCUGAAUGACAAAUCGUGUAUCGAUCUAACAACAACUACCACUACAACGCAAAACUCCCAAGAAAUGUCGAGUGCAAGACACAAAUUUGUAAAAAUAUGUGAGAAUGACGGCGUAACGGCAGAAGCAGCAGGUUGUAUGGCAGGCAGUGGCCAAAGUAGUAGAAAAUCGAAACAAAAUAAACAACAACACACAAUUUCAAUAGCAACAACCACACAGACAUCGACACAAACCGAACCGCACCAUCAUCCACCGACACCAGCAAGCUCCCAUCAUGCACACCACCAACAUGGAAAUGGGCCAGUGGGUCAUAAACAUUCCUCAAUAGACAACAACAACAAAGUACUGAAAAACAUUUCAAACCUUACUAUGACAAAUGCAAAUGGAACUAUUAAUUUGCGCAACAUUUCAAAUUUAACGAUAAAUAACGGCAGUGCGUGUAAUCGUUUCAAAGUGGACAAAGACCAUAUGCACUACGCAGAUAAGCACUCCUCCAACUCCAAUCCAGACACUGAUCCCCGUUGCGGAUUCUACGACAGACUAAUUACGGAAAACAAACAUUUGCAAUACAAACUCAUGCAAAAUGCAUUUGGAACGAAGGUUUGCAGUACUCCUUCCAUUCACGACUCCACAUUGCAUACUCCGGGUCAUGCCGAUAUGUGUCCUAGCCAAAACAAUCUUCAGACAGCGAUGGAAGACGCAAGUAACAAACAAACAACAAACACCAAUAACAAUGAACAACCAGUCCAGGUGCAGCAAUGGCUGAAACAAAUAAUCUACGAGACAGAAACUGAACCGAUUAUAAAUUCGGAGUUCAUGGAGUAUAUCAACAUUCAACGUUAA